CACUCGGGGUGGGGGCAGGACAUGCUGUCCUGUGAGUGCCGUCUCCGUCGCCUGUUUGCUGAGGCUGAGGUUAUCGGUGCCGAUGCCUGGCUCUGUCCCUGGUGCCCUCUGGCUUUGUGGCACCCCUGUCCUUCAGUAUUCCCCCAGUGCCUCCAGUGCCCUUGGCUCCCACACUGUGUCCCCAUCAAUUCCAGUCCCUUCCAGUGUCCCCAGUGUUGCUGUGGCCCCCAGCCCUCCCAGUCCCUUCAAUCUCCCCACUUUUGGCUUAGCAUCCACAAUGUCCCACUCCCUUCCCUGUACCUCUAGUGCCCCCAGUCCCUUCAGUUACCCUCCAAGUCUGUCCAGUGAUCCCAGUGCCCCAGUGCCCCAAGUCCUUCACCCAACCCCACCCCUCCCUGUGCCCCCCAUUCCUCCCAUCCCUCCCAGUCCUGCUCAGAAUCCCCAGUCCCACAAGUGUCCCUCAUCCCUCCCAGUCCCACCAGCAAUUCCUGUGUUCUCCCCAGCAUACUGCAUUCCUACCAACACCCGCACCCUUCCUCGUUCCCCCGGUGUCUCCCAUCCUUCCCAAUCCCUCCAGCUCCGCCAGUGUCCCCCACCCUUCCCCGUGCCCUUAUUACCCCUCGUCCCUCCCAGUCCCUCAGUGCCCCAGUGUCCCCAAUGCCUUCAGCUCUCUCUAGUGUCUCCAGUCCUCACAUGGAGUCCAGUCCUCAUGCCUCCCAAACCUUCCACUCUCCCAGUGCCGCCCAUGCCCCUUAUCUCCCCAGGUCUCCCAGUGCGCCCAGUCCUUCCCAUUUCCCCCAGCACCCGCAAUAUCCCUCGUCCUUCCCAGACCGCCCAGCACACCCCGGUGUUCCCCAUCUCCCCAGUGUCUCUCAAUCUCUCCCGGUGCCCGGCUCGAGACAAGACUGUCGCUCCGCGUCCGUUCCCUCGGGGUCCCGCAGUGCCCGGCGCGGGGUGUUUAGGACCCGCCGGGGUGAGGCGGCGCCGGUGCCGGUCCCGCCCCGGCCCCAUUGUCUGCGCGCGGAGGCGGAGGGACGGCGGCGGAGGCUCCGCUCGCACGGACGCUCCGCGGAGCCCGCACGGCCCCGGCUCCGGAACCGGUCCGGCCAUGGCCCUGGCCGAGGGGCCGUACCUGUUGCUGCUGGCCGCCGCCCUGCUCGGGGCUUCAGCCAGCAGCGAGUGGUCCCCCCCGGAGCCCGUGUUCCUGCCUGUGGAGAUGGAGCUGCAGGCAGUGCCCGAGCACUACCGCCUGCAGCGUGCGGAUGGAGCCCUGCCUGCCAACACCUCUCUGCACACCCGUUCCGACACCUUCCUGCUGCUGCCCCGCCAGCCCACCGCUGGCCCCCCGCCUCUUCUGCGAGCCUCCUACCCGCCCUUCAGCACCCACCAGGAGGUGCCCACCAAGAGUCACACCUGGGCCGUCCGUGCCGUGCCCCUGCACAGCACUGUGAGUCCAGAUGAACCCACCGCCCGCGUCCUCUUCCACCUGCACGGCCCUGACUGGCGUGGACGGCGGGACCCCCCUGGGGAGCACUCGCUGCCCUGCAUUGUCCUGCAGGCCCAGCAGCGCAGCCGGACGCUGCAAGGCUCCUGCCGUGUGCAGGCCCCACUGGGCAUCUGCUUGGUGGAAUUGGAGAUCCCAGCACGCUGGUUCUCCCCGGUGACGUCCCCGGAGUCAGUCGAACUGUGGUAUGGUGUGGCUGGGCCAGGAACCUGCAGCCAUCCCAGAGCCACAGUGGAGCCCCUGCGGUACGUGGGGAUGCUGGAGCUGCAGACAGUGCCGGCAGUGGCACGGCGGCAAGAGGUGCCGUUGGAUGAGAGGGUGCUGCUGCGCGUCCCCGACAGAGCCUUGCGGCCUGGGCAGCGCUUCACCGCCAGCCUGGCGCUGCGGCACAACUUCACCGCCAUGUUGCUGACCCUGCGAGUCAAGGCCAAGAAAGGGCUGCAGGUGGUGGCCGCCAGGUCUGCGGACCCUGCGUGGACUGUCCACUUGGAACGCAGCCGUGGCCCCAAGCACUGGUCGGCUGUGGUGACGUGUCGGCGCAGCAGGGACAUCCAUAGGAGCACCAGGGCACUGGAGGCGGCUGAGCUCCUCCAUCUGGAGCUGGCGGUGGAGAAUGGCACAGGGGCUCAGGCACUGGCACGACCCCUCACCUGGCAGGUGGAAUACCCAGGCCAGGACCCUGAGGCGCAGAAGGACAAGCUGGUGUGGGAGGUGCAGGUGUCGGAGCGUGACAUGCGCGUCCUCGUCCCCCUGGUGCAGGAGCUGGAGAUUCUCAAUACGUCCCCGCUGACCGGUGUCCCCCGUACCAUGCCGGUGACAUUGGUGACGGUGGAGGUGGGUGGUACCGUGUCUGAGCUCAGUGAGCCGCCAGGCUGUGAGUCAGCAGAUACACAGGUGCUGCAGGUGAGCAUGGUCCCAGCCCCCCCAGCCGCACUCCCUGGGCACCCUCUGCCCCUCCGUGUGCCCCAACAGGUGUCGGAGGGCUGUGACGCGGUGUUUGUGGGGGGCAAGGAGAGCCGUGGUGCCCGUGGGGUGCGGGUGGACUUUUGGGCACACCGCCUGCAUGCCUCGCUGCUCUUCACCGUCUGGGCACCGCUGCUGCCAUUGCGUGUCCAGCUGGGAGACACUGCCCUGGAGCAGGUGCGUGGCUGGCGCCUGCCCGGGAACACUGACAGCUCUAGCAGUGAUGUGGAGGACCCUGGGGAGGAUGCUGAGCGGCGGACGCGGAGCUGCCGGCCGCAGUAUCAGCGCACGGCAGUGCGGUUCCUGGCAUACUUUGUGGCACAUGCACAGGAUGGUGGCCGCCACCUGUCCUACUUGCCAGGCCCUGAGUGGCUGCUGGAUGUCACACACCUGGUGGCCAGCUGGGCACGCGUGCAGGACCCCCGUGUGGCAUCACUGGAAGGCGGCACCGUGCUGGUGGGCCGAGAACCCGGCGUCACCUCAGUGGAGGUGCGCUCCCCGCUGUCGGACGCCAUCCUGGGCGAGCAGAUGCUGGUGGUGUCGGAGGAGAAGGUGGCAGUGACAGAACUGCGUGCUGCAGUGGUGGCAGGGCUGGAGCUGGCACUGCACCUGGAGCCUAGCCACCCUGGCUUGCUCACUGCCGUGUGCCAGGCCACGGCCACGCUGCGGGGCUCCAAGCAGGAGGCGACGCUAUCUGUCUGGCUGUCCUUCUCUGAUGGCACGCUGGCACCGAUGGAGCUGUACGGUGGGCAGGACGCCGUGCUGGCUGUCACCUCGCUGGAUCCCACCGUGGUCACUGUGGUGGGGACCUCAUCCUGGCAUCCGCGAGUGGUGGCGGAGGGGCCGGGCCGAGGGGCCCUGCUGCAGCUCAGUCUGCACCCCCUGGAUGUGUGCCGCCGUGGCCGUCACCGUGCCGCUGUGUUGGCUGCCGGCACUGCCUUGUUAGAGGUGGCUGGGGAGCGCAGGACCCCCCCGAGCAGCCCCCGGUCUCCCAUGCCAUUCCCAAGGGCAGAGGGGGCCAUGUCGGGUGAGGCAGUGACGGCGGGCCAGGGGGAGCAUGGUGAUGUGGAGCUGGUCAACACAAAGCUGCAGGGCAUGGGGUCUUCCUCCGAGGAGGAGGAGGAGGAAAGAGAGGAAGGCUAUGGCCGUGGCAUGCAGGAGGAGGAGAAGGAAGAAAUGGUGAAGGCCCCUGCACGUGUGAGCGACCUGGAGAUCGGCAUGUACGUGCUGCUGGGCGUCUUCUGCCUGGCCAUCUUCAUCUUCCUCGUUAACUGCGUCUUCUUUGUGCUGCGCUACCAGCAGAAGGAGCCACCCGACGCCAGCACCGCUGCUGCAGCUUCUCAGCCCCACAACUGGGUCUGGCUGGGCACUGACCAGGAGGAGCUGAGCCGGCAGCUGGACCGCCGGCAGCCUGAGCCUGACAGCCUGCCGGGCCCCCAGCCUGAGCGCUGCUGCUGUGCAGACCCUCUGGCACCCGACACGGGGUCCCCCAGUGGCACCUCAGUGGAGCCCCGCAAAGAGGGGCCUGUGCCAGGGGGCAGCCGGCGGAAACGCGUGGAGUUCGUCACCUUUGCACCCCAGCGUGCCCCCGAGGAUCCCCCCCAGCCCACCCCCAAUGUGCAGUCCAUCCUGGUGGCUGGUGAGGAUGACAUCCGCUGGGUGUGCGAGGACAUGGGGCUGCGUGACCCUGAGGAGCUGCGCUGCUACAUGGAGAGGAUCCGUGGCAGCUCCUGACCCCCACCAGGACCGUCCUCUUUGUCCCUGUUCCUCCGUGGAGGGGACGCUGGUGGGACCAUCCCUAAGCCCCAUUGGGAAUCAGUGACAUCCCGCUGUCACCUUGCCCUGGGGUUUCCACUGCGGUGCUGGGGACACGGGGUCCCCUUCCUUGCUGCGGUUCUCAUUGCCACAUUGUGUUCAUAGUGCUGAUGCUGAGUUCUGUGCCCCCCCCUUGACCGGCCUCGUGUCCGUUUUGUACAACAUUUUGUACCCAUUGCGCUGUGGGGUGGGGACCCUUAUUUAUGGAAGAUUUUUAAGUCUGAUUGUUGUUACAGAAAUAAAAUAUUUAAAACAGAA